AUGCGGGACUGGAUCCGCACGGCUCCCCGGGUCACGACCUUCCAUGGGGUGAGGUCCAGCGACCCGCCCCGGGCGGCCAGCCUCCUACAAACCCAGCCAGGGCUGGAACCCAGCAUCCAGGAGCAGGAGCCGGCCUCCUCCCUCCUCGACCUGCACCUCACGGCAGACAGGGACGUGGCCACAGUGGAGGGCGGCGUCGUGCUCGCCAGCGCCCUCACCGGCCAGGCCCGCGUGACGGGGACUCGACGCGGCAUGCUCAUCCUGGGCAUGGAGACGGCAGACGGCGCCGCCACCGCCAUCGAGGACUUCCCACUCGCCAAGCUGUGCUGCUCGCGCUUUGUCGCUGGCGCCAGGAUGAAGCUCUGGUGGCAGAUGCCGCGGUGGGGUUCCACCUCCCAUGACAUCACGCCCGAGACUCAGUUUCUGUUGUUGGAGCUGGAAGACGGGGUCUACGGCGUGGUGCUUCCUCUCAUAGACCGCCGGACCUUCCGAGGCACGCUGCGGUAUCCCAGGUGA